CCAAUGAUAGUACCUCUCUUUUAUCACUUACCAUUUGAUUUCACCUUGAAAUUCUAUUGACCAGCAAAACCCUAAAAACCCUUUUCCGCCGCCGUUGCCGCCGCAUCGCCGCCACCAUGAACGACGACGGAUUUUCAGCGGAGAAGUUGUUCAACCAAGGCUACUCCUACACCUACGAUGAUGUCAUCUUCCUCCCUGGCUUCAUCGACUUCCCUACCGAUGCCGUCAACCUCUCUACUAAGCUCAGCCGCAACAUUUCCCUUUCCAUCCCUUGCGUUGCUUCUCCGAUGGACACCGUCACUGAGACCUCCAUGGCCAUAGGAAUGGCGGCGCUAGGUGGUAUAGGUAUCGUUCACUACAACAACACCAUUUCGCAACAAGCUUCUAUUGUCCGUGCUGCUAAGUCUCAUCAAAUCCCUUUCUCAUCGGAUUUGAUCUUUGCUUCCCCUUCCGAUUCCAUCCAUUCUGCUGAUGAAUUUGGUAACUCUCCUUGUAUUUUUGUCACUGAGUCAGGAACUAAGGAAUCCAAAGUUUUAGGUGUUGUAUGUAAGUCUACUUGGAAGGGUUUGAGUGAUAAGGAAGCUAGAAUUUCUGAUUACAUGAACGCUUCUCCGGUUACUCUGCCUUCAAGCUAUAAUUUUGAGGAUGUAGCAGGCUACAUUGCAUCUAAAAAGCUGGACUUUGUACCAUUGGUGAAUGACAAGGACGGGGAAGUGGUCAAUUUGGUGACAGCUACUGACUUGGAGAGAAUGAAUUCGCUUCCCAAAUUGGGUUUGCCGUCUUUAGGGACAGACGGGAAGUUCUUGGUGGGGGCAGCAAUAGGGACAAGGGAUUCAGAUAAAGAGAGGCUGGAGCAUUUGGUGAAAGCUGGGAUUAACGCUCUCGUGAUUGAUAGCUCGCAAGGGAACUCAGAGUAUCAGAUUAAUAUGAUCAAGUAUGUGAAACAUACUUACCCUCACUUGGAUGUGAUUGGUGGAAAUAUAGUCACUAAGUACCAAGCAGAGAACUUGAUUAAGCAGGAUGUAGAUGGAUUGAGAGUCGGGAUGGGAUCCGGGUCCAUUUGUACCACUCAAGAAGUUUGUGCUGUGGGCCGCGGACAGGCGACUGCUGUUUACAAGGUGUCAUCAAUUGCUGAGCAGCAUGGUGUCCCUGUUAUCGCUGAUGGUGGGAUUUCUAAUUCUGGCCAUAUCGUGAAGGCAUUGUCGCUUGGAGCAUCAACUGUCAUGAUGGGGAGCUUCUUGGCUGGAAGCAAUGAAGCUCCUGGCACUUAUGAAAAUAAGAAUGGUCUCCGUGUGAAAAAGUAUCGAGGUAUGGGAUCCUUGGAAGCAAUGACAAAAGGGAGCGAUGCAAGAUACUUGGGUGAUACUGCUAAACUAAAGAUUGCUCAGGGUGUCGUCGGUUCAGUUGCUGAUAAGGGUUCUGUUCUGAAGUUCGUUCCGUAUACAAUGCAAGCUGUAAAACAAGGAUUCCAGGAUCUAGGUGCUUCCUCGCUGCAGUCUGCUCAUCAUCUCUUAAGAUCAGGCUCAUUGAGGCUAGAGGUCCGUACAGGAGCAGCACAAGUUGAAGGAGGGGUUCAUGGUCUUGUCGGUUAUGAGAAAAAAUACUUCUGAUUUAGCUGUUGUUGUAGAAUAAUGUAAACGGUUAUUACUUGAUCCAAGUAUCUUCUUGUUAAACAUUAAACCAUAAAUUUCAGCAAUGGAUAGCCUAACUCAUAAGAUGAAUUUUAAACCAUAAA